AUGACGCACACCGGCCCGCGCGCUGCCGUACCGCAGUGGCGCUAGAGAGUCGCGCGUCGUUGAAUCAGGGCAGAAUGUCAUGCAUUGUUUGUUUUGUUUGAUGGGAAGCGUUUGUCGUGUCGUUGCCAUACUAAACUCAAACGGUGUGUGCAUUUACACAUCUAUUUAUUUUGCAUUAACAUGAAUGAAGUCGCGAGAGGGCGGAGUGUCCAGGCGCACCUGACACGGAGGCGAAUAACAAAGACUGAGGCGAUUUAACCACCGAGAUACGUUCAUCAUCAUCGUCAUCAUGAAACAUUGGAAUAUACCGCUUCUGCAUUUAAUAAGUUUCAAUUGCCAUCGUUAGCGGUCGUUGUCCUUUCUGGACGGUGUGGAUGUAUGAUGCUGUUUGUGUGAUGUGACGUGCGCGCGCUCGUUGUAAGAUUAUAUAUAUAGUAUUCUGAUAUAGCACGCGCAUAUUUCAAAGUAUAUCGAUACACUAGGUGUUAUAUGUAACUGAUCACCUGUAAUCGUGCAAUAAACAGCCACCCGGUUUCUGAAACGCGUGGUUUCUCUUUAAAUGGUGCGCGAUUUGACGCUUGGAUAAGGUUUAGGACAUCGACUGCAUACUGGACCGAAUAUAUACUGUAUUUAUUAUUUUGAUGUCAUCGUAAGGAGAUCGUGUUAAUGAUGUGGGUCAACCCCGAGGAGGUGUUGUUGGCCAGCGCUUUGUGGAUGACAGAGAGAGCGAAUCCUUAUUUCAUCCUGCAGAAGCGCAAGGGCCAUGGCGACGGAGGAGGCGGACUCGCAGGUCUUCUUGUUGGAACGCUCGAUGUCGUGUUGGACUCCAGUGCCCGUGUGGCUCCGUACAGGAUCCUCUACCAGACGCCCGAUUCACUGGUUUACUGGACCAUCGCCCACGGGAGCUCUCGUAAGGAGAUCACGGAGAACUGGGAGUGGUUGGAGCAGAACCUCCUGCAAACGCUCUCUAUAUUUGAGAAUGAAAAUGACAUCACUACUUUUGUUAAGGGCAAAAUUCAGGGCAUCAUAGCUGAAUACAGCAAAAGCCACGACAUCAAAGAAGACGACGACACGGACAAGUUCAAGGAAGCCAUCGCUAAGUUUCGUAAGCUCUUCUGUAUGCCCGAGGAGGAGAAGCUGGUGAACUAUUACUCCUGUAGCUACUGGAAAGGGAAGGUGCCACGUCAGGGCUGGCUGUAUCUGAGCAUCAACCACCUCUGCUUUUACUCUUAUCUGCUGGGAAAAGAGGUCAAGCUGGUGAUCCGCUGGGCCGACAUCACACAGCUGGAGAAAAACGCCACACUUCUGCUCCCCGACAUGGUGCGAGUCAGCACACGCAGCAGCGAGCACGUCUUCUCUGUGUUCCUGAACAUCAAUGAGACUUUCAAACUCAUGGAGCAGUUGGCUAACAUAGCCAUGCGUCAGCUGCUGGACAACAAGGGCUUCGAGCAGGACCGCUCUCUGCCCAAACUGAAGAAAAAGUCACCCAAGAAAGUGUCGGCUCUAAAAAGGGAUUUGGAUGCCAGGGCUAAAAGCGAGCGAUACCGGGCGCUUUUCCGCCUUCCUAAAGACGAGAAGCUAGACGGUCACACCGACUGUACGCUGUGGACACCCUUCAACAAGAUGCACAUACUCGGACAGAUGUUUGUCUCUACUAAUUAUAUCUGCUUCACAAGUAAAGAGGAGACCGUCUGCAGUCUGAUUAUCCCACUUAGAGAGGUGACCAUUGUUGAGAAAGCUGAUAGUUCCAAUGUCCUCCCGAGCCCUUUGUCAAUCAGCACCAAAAACAAAAUGACUUUCCUCUUUGCCAACCUCAAAGAUCGAGACUUUCUGGUGCAGAGGAUCUCUGACUUCCUGCAGCAGACCACUUCAAAAAUCUACUUUGAGCGGGAAAUCGCAGGCAGCCUCAGUAGCUCAGACGACGAGUUGUACUCUCAGCAGAGCAGCAUUCUGUCAUGUAGUCCUCAGCGCAGGGCCCUCGGAUCAGAGGGAGAGAGCGAGAGGCAGUUUAAUCUCAAUGAUAACCGAGUUCCCACGGCAACACAAGCGCUGAUGACCAUGUACCGCCGGCGAUCACCGGAGGAAUUCAACCCAAAACUGGCUAAAGAGUUUCUGAAGGAGCAGGCUUGGAAGAAUCACUUUACGGAGUACGGUCAGGGAGUGUGUAUGUACCGUACAGAGAAGACCAAAGACCUGGUGAUGCAGGGUAUCCCGGAGAACAUGAGAGGAGAACUCUGGCUCCUGUUUUCCGGGGCGAUUAAUGAAAUGGCUACUCAUCCUGGUUAUUACGAAGAUCUGGUGGAGAAGUCGAUGGGGAAAUAUAAUCUGGCCACAGAGGAAAUCGAGAGAGAUUUGCAUCGGUCUCUUCCGGAGCAUCCGGCCUUUCAGAACGAGAUGGGUAUCGCCGCCUUGCGUCGAGUACUGACAGCGUACGCUUUUCGUAACCCCAAUAUUGGCUACUGCCAGGCCAUGAACAUCGUGACUUCUGUACUUCUGCUGUAUGCUAAAGAGGAAGAGGCCUUCUGGCUUCUGGUGGCCUUAUGUGAAAGAAUGCUACCAGAUUACUAUAACACCAGAGUUGUAGGUGCUCUGGUGGAUCAGGGUGUGUUUGAAGAGCUCGCUCACGUGCACGUCCCUCAGCUGUACGACUGCAUGCAGGCGCUGGCCGUCAUCUCCACCAUCUCGCUCUCGUGGUUCCUCACGCUCUUCCUCUCCGUCAUGCCGUUUGAAAGUGCCGUCGUGGUGGUGGACUGCUUCUUCUAUGAGGGCAUCAAAGUCAUCUUCCAGCUCGCGCUCUCGGUGCUGGAUGCCAACAUCCAUCAGCUGCUGGCCUGCAAAGAUGAUGGAGAAGCCAUGACCAUCUUGGGCAGGUAUCUGGACAGCGUGACCAAUAAGGACAGCACACUUCCUCCGAUCCCUCACCUGCACUCUCUGCUGACUGAUAACGGUGAACCGCAUCCAGAUGUGGACAUCUUCAAACUGGUCCGCACUUCUUAUGAGAAGUUUGGUUCCAUAAGGGCAGAUGUUAUCGAGCAGAUGCGAUUCAAACAGAGGCUUAAAGUCAUCCAGGCUAUUGAAGACAACACCAAACGCAAUGUGGUGCGGACCAUAGUGACAGAGACGGCCUUUAGCAUCGAUGAACUAGAGGAGCUCUACACGCUGUUCAAAGCUGAACAUCUGACAAGUUGUUACUGGGGCAGCACCAGUAACCCCAUGAGCCGUCACGACCCGAGUCUGCCGUACUUGGAACAGUACCGCAUUGACCUGGAGCAGUUUAAGGGUCUUUUCGUGCUGCUUUUCCCCUGGGCGUGCGGCUCUCACGCGGACGAUCUGGCCUUGCGAUUCUUCCGUCUGCUGGAUCAAAACGCAGACGCGCUCAUAAACUUCCGCGAGUUCAUCUGUGGCUUGAGCAUCCUGUGUCACAGUGACCUGACGGAGAAACUCAAGUUUUUGUACAAGUUGCAUGUACUUCCAGAUAUGAAUCAUGAACAAGAGGAACCUGAUUCGGCCUGUGAAGCAAUGCAGUAUUUCUUUGAAGACAUCACUCCAGAGACAUCCGCCGGGCUCGACCCCAAGAACAGAACUGAGAAGGACGAUGGUUUCGUCAGGGUCUCUUUUAAGACUGUACAAGUUAAGAAACACACUCCAGAUUACCGUAUUUACCUGCGCCUGUGGAACCAGGAGACCAAAUCUAAACUCGAGAACAUGAAGGAUCUUCCUAAACUCAACCAGAGUCAGUUUAUCGAGCUGUGUAAGACUUUAUACAACAUGUUCAGUGAAGAUCCGAACGAACAGGAGCUGUACCACGCCACCGCGACGGUAACCAGCUUACUGCUGGAGAUGGGCGAGGUGGGAAAACUCUUCUGCGCCCCGGCUAGCAUGGACGACGAGGAAGACGGCGACGACGAAGAUGACGACCAGGUCCCAGUUUGCGGAAGCAAGCGGCAGAGAGAUCGCCGCAAGCCUUGCGUCUGUCCACCGGGGGGCUCGGGCGACGCCGAAAUCAACUCCUGCAUCACAGGUCCCUUGGAGGACGUUAAGCUCAAAGAUUCCUCACCAAAAGACACAGCCACGUCCUCCGCCAUGCCCAUCUCUGACGACGAGACGUCUGUCUCCUCGUACUCCUUUCUGAGCGCCGGGUCAAACGAGAUGGACGACAAGCUUCCUUGCGAUGACAUCGCCGGGGACACGGUGCUCAUACGUAACGGCGGACCCCAAGCGGGUGCGGGACAUCAUGGGAGAGGGGGUCUUCCUCAUAGCACCAGUAUCGAUAAAGACUGGACCAUUACUUUCGAACAAUUCCUGGCGUCUGUUUUGACCGAACAAGCCCUGGUGCAGUACUUUGAGAAACCGGUGGAGAUCGACGCACGGAUAACUAACGCAAAAAAUGUACGGAAGGUGGGACACCCGAAUGUGUCCAUCAGUGACUAUGAGAUCUCGCUAUCUGGCUGACUUAUUUAAAACAAACUUCUCAUUUCCGCUCUAAACUUUAUCUUGACUCAUCAAGGAAUCGUCUACUUUCAAGGAAUGGUUUAGCCAGAAAUGGUCCUGUCAUUAUUUGCUCACCGUACAAUGAAAGUGAAUGGUGACCAUUGUACUGUGAUGGAGGGAAAGAUUUUUAGAAAGUAAUUUCAGUCUUAUCUCACAAAACCCUAUUGUGUGUGCUUUAAAUAGAUCACAAGUCCCAUGGGCUACUUUUAUGGUGCUUUAAUGUCAUUUUUCAGCCUCAACAGCUUUGGGCUCCAUCCACUUUCAUUGUAUAGAAAAUCACAGCCAGGAUUUUGUCAUUUUGUGGUCAAUGCAGGAAAAUCGUACAGGUUUUAGAUGACACAAGGGUGAGUAAACGAUAACAAUAUUUUCAUUUUUGGAUGAACUGUCCCUUUAACUACACUGGCCGGAUCGAAUCCCACCUGUUUACUCCGAUGGAUUUCCACAUAAAACAUUAAAGUUUUUGUGUUUAUAUAAGCUCGUAAUAAAACAGAUCAAAGGACAAAACAGAACAAUGGACCUGUCCAAAAGUCUUAGAGGAUUCGUCGUCCUGUUGCAUACUACAAUGCGCUUGGUGUACUUUAUAUAUAGACAUGGUUACUGAUUGUAUCUAAUACAGUUAAGCUGUUUAUCAUAGUAAUCGUGUUUAGAAUAGCUGACUAGUCCUGAAUAAGUAAAACAUACCAGAGUCCUACAACCAUCUAAGUAGUCUUCGAGUAAUGUAAGCUUUACAGGGAGAGUCGAGGGUCCUUGAUCGCCCCCUUGUGGAGACAGAAAGGAUCAAUCUCUUUAAAUACCCCAUUUUACGUAUCCUAACAACACUUAAGUAUGAUAUAUUAAUCAGCUGAGAGACAAUGCCAUCCAGCUGCUAAAUAUCUUUGGGCAUUCACUAUUUAUAUAGUAUCAAGUAUAUAUACUCCAGACAGUGACUGUACAGUUUUUAAUUUAUUGUGUAUUCACCGUAAAAGAGGCAUGUGGCAUGUCGGUCCACCUUCUUGUCAGCUUCUAUGUUGUUGUUAUUUUCAAUUUUAAAUCGCUUUUUUACUUUAUGCUGCUGUUUUUACAUUAAUGUUAAAAUGUGAAUGGUUAAAACCGACCUGUAAAUGAUUUAAGUAACUUCAGGUAAUUAAAAGUAUAAAGGAAUUCUCCUGGUAGUGUUUGCAAAAACUCUCUUUUUUGUUUUAUACAGUACAUGUGUUUUUAUACGUUUCAUGAAUGGGGUAAAAAUAAGAUUUUUAAAAUGUAGGUACAAUUUUAAUAGACGUUUUUAGUUACCUGAAUAUGUAUUAGUAAUUAUUGAUAAACUUGUAUUAAAGAUAGGUAUAUAUUAUAAAUAGGGCUGUAAAAAGAUUCAUUGCAUUCAAAAUAAAAGUUUGUGUUUGCAUAAUA